CUAGGGUAACAUCUCUCUCUCUCUCUCUCUCUCUGAGAGAAUUUAAAAUGAGGAAUGGAUGUUAAAAAAAGGGAAGCUCGCAAAGUCUCAUCAAGCUGAAACAUCCCACGAGCGUCGCACCUGCCUUUCUCUCAACUUCAACCCCCCUCCAUUAUCCUCUUCCUUAUCUUCUUCUUCUUCUUCUUCUUCUUCUUCUUAUCAUAAUAACUUGAGUCACGCAAGUACUUACAUAUCAUACAUACAUGGCUCUGGAAACAUGGGUGAUCAAGGUGAAAACCGCCAUAUCCCAUGGCUUGGACGCCGUCAAGUCUGGCGCGCCACACCCGAAGCUGGCCGGCAACAAGAAGCGAAGCGUCGGCGUCUUGGCCUUCGAGAUCGCCGGGCUCAUGUCGAAGCUCCUCCACCUGUGGCAGUCCCUCUCGGACAAGAACGUUGUCCGCCUCUGCAACGAGUCUGUCUCUCUUGAAGGUGUCCGCAAGAUUGUCUCCAACGACGAGGCCUUCCUCCUGGGCCUCGCCUGCGCAGAGAUGGUCGAGAGCCUCCGGCAUGUGGCAAGAGCCGUCGGCGUCCUCGGCAAGCGUUGCGAAGAUUCAAACCUCUGGGACUUUGAACGGUUUCUUGGCGAGUUCGCGAACACCGGACGCGACUCGAACCAUUGGAGCCUGAGCUACAAGGACAUGGAGAUUUUGAUGAAGAAGAUGGAUCGGUACGUCACCGCGACCACGACGUUGCACCGAGAGAUGGAGGAGCUCUCGAUACUAGAGAGCAGCUUGCGAAAAUCUCUCCAGCUUCACGAACAGCAACACGACUCGUCUUUGUUGUCGCUUUCGUUGUCGGUGAAAGAACAGAAGAUCAUCGAACUGCAACAGAAGAUAAUGCUUCAGAAGCAGGAGAUCAAGUGCCUCAGAGAGAAAUCUUUGUGGAACCGAAGCUUCGAUUCGGUGACUCUGACGUUAGCGACGUGUAUAUUCACGAACCUAGCCAGGAUCAAGCUCGUCUUCGGGCUCGGAAAUCGUUACAUCAUUGUCAAUCCAUCAUCUCUACCGCGCAGCUUGUCGGCUUCGGCGGCAGUCCAUCCUAGCGAAAAUCCUAACCACUGCAUAUCAGGACCGUUGAGAAGCACCAAGCAAGAGGAUCACCUAAAAACUGAUACUGACGAUUCUUCGGCCAAUGCCUUCUUCGAGUCGAAUUCCAAGCUCCUGAAGCCGCCUGGGACGACACUGGGAGCUGCGGCGCUCGCGCUUCACUAUGCGAACCUGAUCAUUGUGAUGGAGAGGAUGAUCAAGUCACCGCAGCUGGUCGGUGCCGACGCGAGGGACGACCUCUACGCGAUGCUGCCGAGCAGCGUGAGGUUGGCGCUGAGGGCGAGGCUGAGGGGCGUCGGAAUAUGCCGCGCAGGAGAUCCGGCGCUGGCCUCAGAGUGGCGGGACGCGCUGACCAGGAUCCUCGGGUGGUUAGCCCCAUUGGCACACAACAUGAUCAAGUGGCAGAGCGAGAGGAGCAUCGAGCAGCAGAACAACGACUUGGUGCAGAGGACGAACGUGUAUCUGCUGCAGACGCUCUACUUUGCAAACACGGAGAAGACGGAGGCGGCAAUCACGGAGCUGCUGGUGGGGCUGAAUUACAUAUGGAGGUUCGAGAGGGAGAUGACGGCUAAGGCCUUGUUCGAGUGCACCAACUUGGGUGGUCUGAUCAAUGUUCCAGUCGCAUACACUUAGUUUUUCUCUUAAUCCCUCCUUAACUUUUCUCAAAUUCUCACCUCCCCUCGCUGCUGCAAAAAGAAUCCCUUCUCCCCCUCUCCACUUGCCGCAGAGAUCUGGGUUUGUCUUGGUUUCUACUUUCUUUCAUUUUGAGGUUCAGAUCGUCGGGGGUCUGUUUUGUUUCCGGCCCUGAUCAUCUGUACGUAUGUGGUGGGUGAUAUACGAUUGGACCCGUGUAAAGAAGUGACCUGGUUUUGAGGGAUCAAUAUAUAAUCAGAGCAUGGCUUGCCCAAUGAAGCUUAGUUCCCCAAA